AUGACAUCGACGACAGGUAUUGGAAGGGCCAUCAAAUCAAGGAAGUUAACUCCGAGGUUUGUUGGGCCCUAUCAGAUAUUGAGGAGGAUUGGCGCUGCAGCUUAUAAGAUCGCCUUGCCACCGCACUUGGCGAAUCUGCACAAUGUGUUUCAUGUCUCUCAGUUAAGGAAAUACAUAGCAGAUCUGUCUCAUGUUUUGGAGUCAGAUGAAAUGCAGAUCAGGGAAGACUUGACGGUGAACACCGGACCAGUGCAGAUUCUAGACUCGCAAGUGAAGAAGUUGCAGGGGAAGGAGAUCAGGACCGUAAAAGUGCUUUGGGAUGAGGCUACUCAAGAGAUGAUCUGGGAGAUAGAGGAUCGCAUGAGGCAAUCCUAUUCGUACUUGUUUCCUAGUAAGUCCUAA